AGCGAUGUCUAAUAUAAUGACAAUGACAAUUGAGAAUUGAAAUUUUUAUGUUUUGACAUUUUCAACAAAAAUUUUGUUUGGGAGAAGUUGAAAUAGCUUUGGUACCUUAUUUGUUUUCGUGAAGAGGUCUUUAGGUAUAAAGAUUUUGUGCAUCUCAAUGGAUAGUUAUGAAAGCGUUUUACUGGUUAAACCAGAAAUUUUCGUAUUCAACAUUCCUCCAAGAUCGACGAAUAGAGGUUACAGGGCUGCUGACUGGAACUUAGCUGAACCAGCAUGGACAGGCCGAAUGCGAUUGAUAUCGAAAGGUAAUGAUCUUGCAAUAAAACUUGAAGACCGGAAUACUGGAGAACUUUUUGCUAAAUGUCCUAUUGAUGCAUAUCCUAGUAUUGCAAUCGAAUCUGUGAAUGAUUCCUCACGUUACUUUGUUCUACGUAUAAUGGAUGAUAAUGGGCGAUCUGCAUUUAUUGGAGUCGGGUUUGGAGAUAGAUCUGAUUCGUUCGAUUUGAAUGUAGCACUUCAGGACCAUUUCAAGUGGGUUAAGAAGGAGAAACAGAUCAAUGAAGAGCCUGCCAGUGGACCUGGACUUGACUUAGGUUUUAAAGAAGGUGAAACAAUUAAAAUAAAUAUGAAAAUAACUAAGAAAGAUGGCUCUGAAGGAAGUUCAAGAACAAAAGUAAAGUCUGGUAAUGGUGGAGGCUUGGGACUAUUGCCUCCUCCUCCAGGAGGUAAACUACCUGCUCCGCCUGGUAGUUCUCCUGCUGGAUCUCCAGCUCAUGCUUCUAAAGGUGAUAAUGCCACUGCAGAUUCGUGGGGAGAAUUCACCUCUGCAGGAAAUAGUGCUCCAUCCCAAAGUCAACCUCCAACAAAUAGUAAUUGGGUGCAGUUUUAGUUGAAGAGUUAUGAUGAAAAGAAAUAUGAAGUACUGACUGUAUCAAAAUAAGACAAGUUCUUACUUGUCUCACUGUGAUCUGGUUAGAUUUCAGCUAGGUUAGGUAUGUUGUACUAUUGUAUUAUCUCUAUUGUACCACCACGUAAAACUCAGAUAUGAUAGAUUUGUAUGUGGAUUGCAAUUUAAUAUUAUCGAACAGGGUGAUUCACUCUCUGAGCUCCCAGGCUAAACUAGAUUAUGUUUUUAUUGAACAUUCGUAAUUUUUUGUAGUGUUAGUUGGAUACAUAAAAAGUAAGAUAAAUUUCCAACCAAAUUAUGAAAAAUCACACUGUUUGGACACUAGCGUCUGAGAUUUUGAGAGAAUGAAUCAUGCAGUUCACCAACAGUUUGAUUAUCACUUUCUGGUUGUUGGGUUGAUGAAGAUAUUCAAGUCUUUGGGUGCAUUAAUAUUUUUCUACUUCAAUACAGAAAGCACAGGUAAUAUUGAGACGUCAAGGUACAACAUUACUGUGUUGUUGAUAAAAUUAAUUUCAUUAAUUGAAUCCGUUUUUCAUUCCCAUGGCACCUUAUUGCUUCUCUCAAAGUAUAGUUACCCUAGAGGUGAAUAUUUCAAAUAGUUUUUUAAGAUCUCUAGUACCAUAGUUUGUUUUUUGAAAUAAAAAAAAUGUUAUCACUGUGAAUUUUUACAAUGACAAUAACAAUCUUUCCAUUACAUGUGGAAACAUGAUGCGACUUAUGAAACCUUUUUUAAUUUUUUUAUUUCUUAACCUGUCAUUUUUACUACCAUCGAAGUUUUUUAAGUAUUUUUUUUCCACUCAAAAUUUGGCUUUGUCUGGGAAUUUUUGUAUUCAUAGUUUUCAAGUCCUUCUUUUUCCAUAAUUCAAUUGUUUGAAAACUUCUUGCUUGAAUACAGAUGUAACGAAUUGUUUUUUCACUCCUUUAUAUCGACAAAGAAUUUUGUCACUGAAAAUUAAUUUUCAUAGACUUGAUAGAAUAGACUUGCCCUAGAACAGAUAACAUUGACUCCACUAACUAAAAAAGGAAUGACAGAUCCUCAUAAGGACAUCUACACUAUGGACAGACCUUAUCAUCACUUUCGUCAUGAUGUUCUAUUCGUUGUAGUGUGAACAUGCCCAUUUGUAAUUAUAGAAAACACAAUUUUAAAGUUUAUACCAGCACUUGGGGAGAAUUUCGAUUCUAGAUUGUAAAAGAUCAAAUUAAUAGGAAUUGAAAUCACAUAAGUUCAUUCAAUAUACAGAAUUAUGUUCAAAAAGCUUGAACUUAUAACUAUUGAAUAAUAUUUUUUGUGACUCUUGAUAUAAAAAUAUAACAUUACAAUACCCUGUUAUAGUGGUGAUGUAGAAAUCCUCAAAAAAGGACCAUGAUUCGUGACCAAAAAGAUAUGAGCAUUAAACGAGUAAGAAAGAUUCAAUGUGAUUCAGUUUAUCAUAGAUGAAAAUUAAUUACCACUAAGUAUUUAACACAUAUUACAGCACAUUCAUCUACACUGUGACAUGAUUGCUAAUUGUUUGUGUGAUCCGCAGAUGGAGUAUAUGGAACCAGUAAAUCUAUAGAAAUUUCAAAUGUGAUUCAAAUACAUUUUUCUUUGUCAUGAUAUCAACUUAAUUACUUUGAAAAAUAAAUCAUAUCUAAGCGAUGAUAAUGUAUAUUAUGAAUUGGAAAUAGAACAAGAAGUAUUUGUUUUAUGAAUUGAAGUAGAAAAAAUUAUGUGUGAAACAAUGAUGUAUUCCUCUAAUAGGAUUUGAUGAUAGGUGUAUUUUAACUCGGAAUUAAAAUGUGUUAAUUUGA